CAAGCCCAAAGAAGACUUCUAGAAGUGGCUCCAGCUUGUCGACAUGAUGGAUUUUGACGAACGGGUUCCAGUCGGAUCCAACAUGUACUUGCCCAGUUGCACUUAUUACGUGUCGGCGGGGGCUGAUUUCUCCGGUCUCCCCUCGUUUCUGUCUCAGACCCCGUCCACGCGACCCAUGACAUAUUCGUACUCCUCUAACCUGCCGCAGGUCCAACCCGUCAGGGAGGUGACGUUCAGGGACUACGCGGGCAUCGAUGCGUCGGGUAAAUGGGCGCACCGGGGGAAUUUGGCGCAAUGUUACCCGGGCGCAGAGGACAUGCACCGGGACUGUUUGUCGGCGCAAACCUCCGUUGUUGGGGAGGUGUUUGGGAAGAGAAGUCCUGCUGCUGCCGCCGCUGCUGCCGCCUACCACCACCACCACCAUCACCACCACCACCACACGGGCGCUGCCGCCGGCUCAGCCGCCACCAACUUCUACGGGAACGUGGGCAGGAACGGCGUUCUGCCGCAAGCCUUCGACCAGUUCUACGAGACGGCUUACGGGAACGCGUCGGAGAGCUCCACGGCGAGCGCCCUCUCCUCAGGGGACAAAGCAACCAGCAAGCAGCCGGAGCAAGCUCCGUCCUACCGGGAUCCCGAGGCGAAGGAGCAGCGGGAUGACACGAGCAGCCCGGAGUUGUCUUCCGGCAACAAUGAGGAGAAAUCCAGCAGCAGCAGCAGCAGUGGACAAAGGAUCCGCAAGAAGAGGUGCCCUUACUCCAAAUAUCAGAUCAGAGAACUGGAACGAGAGUUCUUUUUCAGCGUCUACAUCAACAAGGAGAAACGGCUGCAACUGUCUCGGAUGCUCAACCUCACCGACCGACAAGUCAAGAUCUGGUUCCAGAACCGCCGCAUGAAAGAGAAGAAACUGAACAGGGACAGAUUACAGUAUUACACGUCCAAUCCCCUGCUUUAG